AUGCCCCUCAUCUUUGUGGGCAGCGUGCCCCAGGGCGGCACCAUGCUGGACCCCGUGCCAAUGCGCUGGGAAAGGAGACCACAUCCUCCCCCACAUACUGGCUGUGCGCCAGGCCUGGUCCAAGUGAGGCUGAGAGAAGCUGCAGCCGGACGAGGCCUUCAGCCUGGAGGUGAUCGCCGAGCGCCGCGAGCCAGCCUGAGUCCUCCGCAGCAAAGACUCCUUUACCCUCAAGUGCUACAUCGACCUGUUGGCCUCUCCCCAACUCCAGGCUCCUGCCGGUGGUGCAGGACAGCCUCUGCAUCGCUGGCUUCAACCCUGGUAGCUACGGCGACUGCCUCACCUAGGGGAGCAGGCCGUCGUGGUGACGUAUGCCCCGAGCAUGGAGGAGGCGAAGCACAAGUGCCCGGCGCGCCCUACGAGCAACGGGUGCUGUGCCCCUGGCGCUCCCUCAAGCUCAUCCUCUGCUGUGACAGCACCCUGCAUCAGGACGACCUCAUCUGCAAGCCCUGCAGCCCAAGUCCAGGACCGGGCUCCACAGGCCAGGCCCUCGAGCCUGUGAGCCUGGAAGCCCUCUCCAAGUGGACUGGCCACGCUCCUGGGGAUGUGCUGAGGGGCACGGGCCAGACGGCCCCCCCGCUGGCCCAGCUCAGCUAUGACCCCUAUGCAAACCCACCCGAUUACGACAGCCCCAGCCCCACCCCAGGGUCAUCAACCGCACACACCAGGUCUUGA